UUUACUGCCGGUUUCGAACGACGUGUGUUUAACUUGUGCUGUCAAGCUAUUCUUUAAUCAAACAAUAUUUAUUCAGGAUGGAUGUGGAUUUGUUGAGGCCCGGGACGGUGCCCAUAUCACCCGAUACGUUGCUGUGGUUUGAAUUUCUACUGAAUCCAUCGUUAUUAAAAACUCACAUUACCAAAGCAUCUCCAGAUCCUUCACCGACUGAGCUUAUGAUCAAAUUUAUGUCAAUCGCUGCUGAGCAAAAAUCAGAAGCUAAACCAGCUGAUAAUAAUGAUACCAAUGAUGACCAUACUCUAAUGCCUUCCAGUAAAUGGACUUGCAAGCAAUUGGCUCUGAAAAUCUUGUCCUUGAAAAUAGCUGCCUAUUUGAAAUGGGAUUGGGAAUAUUUACAGAAAAAAAUACCUUUAGUGCAGCAAAUAAAUCUAAUUCAAGAUUUAUAUUAUAUUACUCUAAAUCUUACUGUUCAAGUGCCUAAUGUUCCAGAAAUUCCUCUGAACAAUAUUACAGACACUGGUCUGUUUACAGUGGUGAUCUACCAUAGAUGGGUUUUAAGGGCAAUAGUUUAUAAAGCUCUAAGCAGAUAUUUAAAUAAGCCAGUAACCAUUACUCCACCAAAUCAGGAGGCUCAUUUUGCAAUGCUGGCACAAAAUGAAGAAAUUGUUAAGAAAUUAGAAGCGCAUGUUGAAACUAGUAUCAAUACUUUAAAUGCAGUAUUGCAGCUAACAAAUUUGAGUCCAAAAGUAAUGAGUUUUGACACGUUUGAAAUGUUAACAGAACAUAGUUCAGAAAUCAAACAGAAUUGGGAUAAUGUUAUUACAAUUACUGAGGAAGAAUUCAAAUGUCAGAUAAAUUAUGAUUUAGGAGUUUAUUGGAUACUAAAAGAAAGAUACCCUGAAGCUCAAAAACAUUUUUUGUCAGCUAAAAAUUUGUAUGACAAUCUUGAUAAAUCUAAAGAAAUGUGUUAUUGUCAUAUAGACAAGGAUACUCUAGAAGGAUUUUGUAUCGCUUGUGAUAUACAAGUAGAAGGCAAAAAACCUAAUUUAUUACAUCGUUUACUUAUGUCUAUAAAAGAUGGAUAUUCGAACCUCAUUAAAAUUUUACAAGAAGAUAAUAUAAUGGAAGAAAUACCAAUAGUGGAAAGGGAUAAUUUAGAAUUGGAUGUUAAAGGUAGCAUGGAAAAUGGAAAAAUCACUGUGAAUCAAGAAUUUUUAUUACAGAUUCAGUGUUUGAAUAUGGUUAGAAGAAUAUUAGCUGGAGAACCAAUACUUGGUGACACUGCAAAUGAUAUCAAAAUGGCAGGACCUAAAGGCUUGGAAACACUCUUCUGGGCAUAUGAUGGCAUCAUAGAUAAAUUGACAGAAACUACUAGAACUAGAGUCAAUCAACAUUUCAUUUAUCUUAUUAUCAUAUCAGAAAUUAAAGGUCUUGCUUCUGAAAUUUUAAAAAGACCUAAAUAUUCAAAAUUAUUUAAUGACGAAGAACUUGAAGAAAUAAAAAAAGAAGCAAUCCCUGAAGAAUUGGAAAUUCCAAAACUAUUAUUAACUGGAAAAUGGGAUGAUAGCUGGUCUGCUAAUGUCAAAUUAAAAGCUAAACCUCAGAGGGUUUUGUUCAGUUUAGAGAGCCAAUUAAUAUCUUCUUAUGAUCCACAAGAAAUUCGAGAUUUAAUAGUAGAAAUAGGUAGACACAAAAGAGGGCCAAAUAUAGAACCAAUGUGGCGCAUAAAUAAUCAUUGGGAAAUACCCAUUCCUCUGCAAAGUGUAAUUUGUUCGCUAUCAGAUGGAUUUUUAAAAGACUAUGCUUAUAUUUUGCUGGCAAAAAGUAGAGAAUUAGCUGGAGUCAAAGAUUUCUCUGGAUCAAUAAAUUUAAUAAAUAUCAUUGAAAAUGAAAUUCAAAAACAUUUUAAAUCUCUGAAUGAUAAUAGGCAUUAUCUGGGACAAGGAGCCAGUCAAGCUUCGAAGUUACUGAAACUACUUAACUGGGAAAAAUUGUUAAUUGAUAUAUAUCAUUGUUUAUACUAUUGGCCUGCAAAAGGAAUUUGUGACACUCAGAGUUUGACAGUUCAGUGUAAACAGUGUUUAGAAAGUCGACAAGCUACCGAUCAUGUAAUUCCUAGGAUGGAGAUUAUUGACAAUUGUACAGUUUUUCUCUUAAAUAUGAGUGAGUGGGACUAUUUAAUGGGAUUAGAAAAACAGUGGAGCUGUUUUGAAUUGGCUUCUGCUUUGAGUACUAUAGCUAAGUUUAAAGGGCAGAAAUUUCCAAAAGAAGCAUGGGAUAUUAUUUUAGCCUCAAUCUCAACUAAACCAAGUAGAGAUCAAGCCCAAAAACGUAAUAGUUCUAACAAUGGAGCAAAUUCAUCAUCUAGGGAUUCAAUGGUUUCUUUUACUCUGCUUCGACUUAGAGAAGCUACAGUAUUGAAUGUUACUAUAUCUUUACUUGCCAGAAUGCAUAAUAUUUUACGUGAUGAGUCCAGUUUAGACUUGUAUGCUCCGUUCAUUACUCAUUGGCCUGCUAGUAUUCCAAAUGCAAAACAAUACAACACAAGAACAGUUGGCGAGCAUUUAUUUCAACUGCUUACACAAGGUUUAAGAUAUUAUCCUCACAACGUGCCUUGGUUAAGAUUAUUGGGAGACUUAAAUUUUGUUCUAGGUUACUAUGAAAGCUCCAUGAAAAAUUAUUUGUUAGCUAUUAUAGUAGCUACUGAUUAUUUUUCUGUACCAUCUAGAGGUCAAAUUGAUGAUUGCGUGUACAGGCGAAUGAUAAAAUGUUGUGCUCAUUUGCAAUGUUUUACGCAGUCAGUUGUGCUCUGUCAAUUUUUGGAAGAAGUUGAUUAUACUUUAGCUUUUAAAUUGGCAGGCACUGAACAGAAAACUUCUGUUCCUAAUGACGCAAUGGACGCUUACUACGAGUGUAUAUGGGAUACAACUAUAUUAGAGUACUUGAUUAAUUUACAUUCCAAACGAGGAGAGCAUCAUCGAAAACAACUUGCAAUAAAAGUUAUUGGUCUACUCGAGUUAAACUCAAACAAUAAUGAUGAAAUACAAAAAGAAGCUGCUAAUAUUCGCAAAACUAAAUUCUUGCGAGCUUUAUCAAAACAGUAUCUCUUCCAAACUUAAAUUAUGUUAACUUUUUGAUGUAAAAAUUUGAUAUGAUCAAUCAAAAAAUUAAAAGACAAUUCAAAUUAAAAUUUUUGAAGACUAGAAAAUGUACAUAUUAACUUUAACGAUUUUUGUAGUAUUACUAAGAUUUAAUAUUUCUAUGUUUUGGAACGACUCUACAAAGUCAUUAUAUUGUUUAAAUAAUCAUAUUUGCAAAAUAAUAAACGUCUUAAAUAAAUCCAA